AUGCUGCGCGUGCCUCGGAGGCUGCCGCUGCCAUAGAAAUCCACCCAGCAUCCCUCCGCGAGACGAGCAGCGCGAGCAGUCUGUUUCCUCCUCCUCCUCUGCUGCUUGUGAUGAUGAGGAGACUCAGCAUGUUUCUGUCCGCUCCUCAAACCUUGUUUACCUGUUUAUAACCACUAAUAUCCCUCACUUUUAUUUUAUAGUCGUUCUUAAAGCACGGGCUUCGGACCGGAGAUCUUCCCGGAGCCGUUUUCUCGAGGCUCGUCGUCUACCCGGUGCCGCCGCUGCCUGCCCCGCCGUGCUCGCCGCUCCGUCCCUCCAUCCUUUAUGCACAGCACGCUGCUCCGGUCCUCCCCGACGAAACACACCUUCGUGCCCGAGCACCAUGGUCCACUCCAGGCGCUUUCACUGAGAGACAUGGAGGCGAAGCAGCACCAGAUAAAGAGCCUGAAGAGCUACCCGGAGACCGGCGGCCGGAGCCUGGCAGCAGCCGCCGCGGGGGGAGACGGAGCAGGCGGCGCUGGGCACCGAGCCGGCUCGGCUGAGAUGGAGAUGGAGGCGAAGAUCCAGAAAGCCAUCGACUUCAAGGUGGAGGGUCACCGCUGCUACAAGGAGAAGAAAUUCCGGGAGGCGAUAGGCAAGUACCACCGGGCGCUGCUGCAGCUGAAGGGGGUGCACGUCGUGGACGGGACGACGUGCUCCGAGGUCAACCUGCUGAGCCAAGCCGCCGCCAAGCUGACCGAGGAGCAGCGGAGAGCCGUGGAGAGCACCGAGAUCGAGUGCUACGACAGCUUGACAGCGUGUCUGUUGCAGUCCGAGCUGGUAAACUACGAGAGAGUGAAGGAGUACUGUCUGAAAGUGCUGAGCCACCAGAGAGACCACUUCAAGGCCAUGUACCGAGCCGGCAUCGCCUUCUAUCACCUGGGUGACUACGAAUGUGCCCUACGUUACCUGCGUGACGCCAAGAACCGCGAACCCACAGACACCAACGUGCUUCGGUAUAUCCAGCUGACAGAGAUGAAGAUGAGCAAGAGCGGACAGCGGGAUCGAGAGAGCGGCAAAGAGACCCAGGGCUAACCCUCGACCUUUUCACCCUCCUGACCCUCCCACCUCUGACCCUACGAACAGUCCCGGAUCGACCCUCCCUCUCUCCGCCUCCUCAAUCGACUCCUGACAGCAGCACAGCCCACAGAUGGAAGAGAACGACCCAAUCACCUGCCAGCGAUUAAAGGAAGCGGGAGACAUAUCAAGAGCUGUCUGCGGCACAUCUCCUUCAUCGUCUCUUCCCUCCCCUUCUCCCUUUUUCUCCCUCAGGUGCUGUGGUUCCUAUUCCCUUAGACGCAGACGGUCAAGCAAACGUAAAAAAAAAAAUAUCAACGAAAAAACAAAACAAGGAAAAUGCUGUAUUAUACUCAUUUGACAGUCAUCGCGGUGGACUGAAAAGGGAGCUUCAACACAUACGAAUAAUGGACAUUUGCGUGAUUUAGUAAAUGUUUUAAAAACCUAAAAUGCAUUUUGUCUCUGCUCUCUUGCUCUUUUUCUCAUGGCCUUCUCUCUCUCUCUCCUUAUCUGGAAAUUUUGAGGAGAAAAUCAGGGUCGACCACACCGGGAGGAGGGCAGGAGUGUGUGUGGAGGCAGUUCGACACAUGACGGGGGACAGUGAGGGGGUGUGUGUGACACAUAUCAAGACCAUAGCCCAGUUUGAUUGUACAUCCUCUACCCCAACAGGGCUCCAUCGGGCCCUUAUACCCAGACUGUGGGACAGACUAGAAAUCUUUCAAUGAGUAGAGAAAGAGCCUUCCUCUGUGCUUAAUAUAUCACUCUUAUGUCUGACUUGUCUCUCUUGGAUGCCAUGUAUCUCACUUUCUGGACUGUUGUUUCAAUUCAAGGGCUAAUUCAAGUGUUUGUAAUCCGUCUCUAAGGUUUUUAUCAUUUGCUUUCGGUGUUCAUCAUACUCAGUAGUACCUAAUUGGUAAGGUGUGCUAUUGUGGAAACUGGUGUGUCUUGAAUCUGUUGUCCCCUCCUGGGUCAUGUGUCGUUGUUGAUGUUGUUGAGACUCCCUCCCUCCUCCUUCCCCCCUCUUUUCUCUCGUCAAUGAUGUCACAAUGGAAAAUAGCCAAUGGGAUCGGUGUUCCAUCAACCUGCCAUUGGCUUAGAUGGAGAUCCACUCUUUUAACGGUUCACGGCAAGAAACACUUUCUUCUAAACCGAGGUCCGACCUUUUAUCGCUAAUACUGAAGCUUCCCAGACACCGACAACACGCCGAGGAGACUCUGGGCGGCGUUAGUGCAGGGAAACAAUCACACGCUUCUGUCCCGACAGUCCCAACCUCCAUCACGGAGCACUCAGCUUAUAGUGCACUUCAACAAGAGUGGGCCAUUUGAGAUUUCUUCCUCUUUCAGUUUACUGUGUGUGGAUAGAUAAAUUACCAGUGUUUGGAAACAGACAGACAGACGCAGUAACACACAAGCAUUAGACACUAUACCGAUAAUACGGUUUGUGGAUAUCCAUGACUAGCAGAUGAUUUGCCAGCGCUUCUCUUGUAAAUUUGUGAAGCUGAAUCAUUGAUAAUGCAGACAUUGCUUUUCUAUUAGCUUUACUUCGAGCUGAGCUCUGCCCGCCCUGUUCUGCUGUUGGACUGAUACUUUGUGAAAGCAUGACCUGAAUUCCCCUUGUCUCUGAUUCCACGAAUCCCAAUUUCCUCUUUCCCGUGUGCAAGCCCACCUCCUGCAUGUAACGUUUGGCUCCAGGGAGUUACUUCAGAUGUUAGGGAGGGGAUUACAUCUGCUCUAUUGCUUUCUGACAUGGCAUGCUGCCACUAAGCGAUGUGCUCAUACACAGAAAGUGGUGACAAAGCAGUAGAAUAAGGUAUCUAGAUAUAGCACAUAUAUCUAAAAAAAAAAGGAGGAUAUUUAAUAAAUUCAGGUCACCGUGAGAAUAAAUUCAAACAGAGCUGGAGGAGGAAAUCAGAGAGAGUUGGAGUAAAAGAUUUCCCCUCCUUACUUUUUUUCCAGUGACCUGCUGGGAGGGAAACAGAGACCUAAGUGUGUCAAUGGGUCUCUGGAGAGACGGCACCAUGUGUCGAAGAGACCUGCAUGAUACAGAAUCGCUCCAGUGGAGGGAGAAGUAGGCCACUGUCAGCUGCAGUGGAGAUACACAGAAGGGUUUAGAGCUUAUUUAUCAUCAUACACUAUAUGGCUAAAAGUAUGUGAACAUUAAACCCUCAGUGUAUGUUAAUGAACUUUAUUUAUAUAGAGCUAUUCUAGUUUUAUCGACCACUCAAAGAGCUUUACAGUACAAGCCACAUUCACACGCUGCUGGUAAAUUGGGGUUCACUGUACUCUUCGGCAUGUGGACUGGAGGAGCCAGGGAUCGAACCCCGACCUCCUGGUUAGUGGACGAGCCCCUCGAUGUGGUAGCUGAACAUCUCAUUACCCAAACUUCAAUUCAGCCACUAGAUCAGUUGUAUGUUGGGCCCUGGAUCCCAGUCGAUAUUCCAGUUCAUCAAGGUUUUGGAUGUGGUUGAGGUCAGGGCAGGUGGUUCCACACACGUACGAUACAUGAUAGCACGCCGUUGUCUAAAACAGCGGCUCACAAACUUUUGGAUUCCUUCUUUUAUUACUGUUCCCACAUUAAUCAUUGAGCUGUUAUUGAAUUCACGCCCUGGUUCCCCCCAUUGUAAUAGAAUCUUGAGAAUUUCUCUAUAUUGAGCAGUAAAUUGUUAUUGUGAAUCAUUACCAUUUUAGAAAUUAUUGAGGGUAAAUAGUUUAUGAAUAUCAUAUUCUGAUUUCAGAUGCAAAUAAAAUGAUGAGAGGAAAUGUAGUGCAGUAUAUAGUACAUUACAGUGAUUUCAGACAAAGCCGUGGAUAUGUUCCCAGCAGACACAACAAAAAGAAAAGGUGUUACUCAUGUCGGCACGGAUGAAUUUAUUUCAUUAUAUUUGUCGUGCAAACGAGGACGUCCACGUAGUUCUAGCCAUAAAGUGUAUCACCAUUAUAAAAUGUAACUAUUAAUAAUAUAAUAACUAUAUAAAUCCUAUUUCCUGCUUCAUGGCUGUGAAGGAACAUGAUGAUAUUUUCUUAAAGGACAAUUCUGGAAAUAAAAUGAUUUACUUUCUUGCAGAGAGUUAGAAUAAAAGGAUUGAUACCACUGUGUCUGUGGAGAGGAUUGACUUUGCACAGCAUAAAGACUGGAAACAAGUUGAGCUAUUGCUUUGAGUUAUCUUGCUGUUUUUGCUUGAUAAAAAAAUAUAUUUGUUGGACAUUUCCCAUUACAAUAAUAACCAAUUAUAUAACAGAACUCAAGCCUCAGACGCAGGAGCCAUCCUCUCUCCUGACGUGCCUCUGUUCUCUGACAUCUCUCUGUGUCUCUCUCUGGACCUGCAUGGUUUUCCCAGAGGAGAUAAAUCAACAAACAACAGAGAGGAGCGGCACCUGCAGGCUCCGUCUCCAUGGCUGCCUGAGCUCAGUCUACUCACCCGAUGGCUCCUCUGGGAUAGGUCUCCUCCCGUGGUGCUCUCUCCAUGGCACCAGUCCGCCAUCUUGUUUCUGUCUCACUGUGCAAAGUCAUUCUGGCUCGACGUGCGCCAACGAGCGUUCCAGAGAUAACUAUAGCUGAGCAGGUUCAUCUCAGGCUGUUUGAUUCAUUUGAUUCUGUUUGAUUAAUGGCAGAGGCGACUGAGCGGCAGGCUGUUAUUGUGAGCGUAAUCUGACAACUCGCUGUCUGUGCACAUAGAGAUAGAGACGCCCGAUCUCUGCGUCAGUGUAGCUUUGAAAAAGAAACAAAAAGCACAACAAAAAAGAAACGGAAAAAAGUAGAACUACAGGCUGUGUUAUUUUCUGCUUCUUUUUAUGUUGAUGUCAUUUGAGGUGAAUGUUUGUCAAAUGUCAAAGUAGUUUUUUGUGAAUAUAUGAUACAAUUGUACAAAAAAUACAAGAAAAAAGCAACGUUUUAUGGUUGUGAAAAGCUUUACUUUACUGAAUUAAUUUAUCAGCGGAAAAGAAAUUCAAGAGGUAGAAAAGAGAAUUUUACCGCAGCUUUCUCCCACAGAGCUGCUUCGUGACUGUGUCUGUAUUUGUUGGUAUUUCUGUUGACGUCCCUUUUUGUUGAGGGAUCCAAAAUCAGCUCAGAGUACGUGCAAUGCCCUUUGAACCUUCCCAACCCCGACCCACUACCCUUCCCCAUCUGAAUGACCUUUGACCCCCUAGCGUCUGUUUCUGCACAGUAAAAGACGCAGUAAAAUGCAGGAGUGGACGAGAACUCUGAGGAACUGGUACCAGAGCGCAGAGCUGCUCCUCACAGCCGCUGGCCUCCAUCCUGUUUGUUUCUGUGUUGAUGGAGACAAAAUAUAUAUAUAUAAUAAAAAAAAACAUGAAGCUGGGGACGUCAAGGCUAUGACCGCGCUUUAGUCUCGCCUCGCUCCCUAUGAGGCCUUUCUUUUUUUUCCAUUCAACAUCCAAACAUCCACCAGGUGUAAUGACACUGGUUUUACUGAACUGCUAGCCCGGGAAUGCACUAUUGAUUGGUAAAUAAAGAUUAUGAAUAAAGUUUCAAACAAACCGGAGAGUUGUUGUUGUUGUUGUUGUUGUUGUUGUGUGGUCACAACUUUACGUCAUUUUAACCACGAGUUUCUCUGACGAUUUUUCUCAUCACACUCUUGAUUGCAGCUUUUGCUUAUGUGGAGAAGAAAAGUUUUUGAUGGCUCCAGAUGGAAGCUAUAGAUUUGAUAAGAAUAAAAAAAUGGUUUGUGUGGAGUUGGAAAGAAGUGAAUUGUGGGUAAUGUAGGCGCCAGGUUUUGUUA